AUGGACCCUCUUUCCCGUGUCAUCCGAGACGGUGACGUGCCAAACAGCCAGCCUCAAAACACCAACAGCAGUCCCAACCUCCCUCCUCGUUCUACACACCCACACUCACACCCCCCUCUCGCAACCUUCCCUUCUUCUUCGGGAGUAUCUCUAUCAGCUGUCCCCUCCUCUCUCUCCCCUCUCCCUCUUUCCUCCUCACUCUCCUCCCUCCCUCUUUCCACCUCUCUUCCCACCCUCCCUCUAUCCUCUACCUAUCCCUCCUUUCCCCCUCCCUCCACCUUCCCAUCCUCCUCUCACCACCUCCUCCCCAACUGGUGGUGCGGCCACCACGCGGCCAAUCAGAGCUCGCCAUUUGGCAGGCGACCGCAAUCCGCGGAAUGGAAGGGGAGGGGAUGGGAGGGAGAGAAGAGGGAACGGAAGGGGGAGAAGGUCGAGGAGGAAGGGGAGGAGGAGGAGGAGGAGGAGGAGGAGGAGGAGGAGGAGGAGGAGGAGGAGGAGGAGGAGGAGGAGGAGGAGGAGGAGGAGGAGGAGGAGGAGGAGGAGAGGGAGAAGGGGGUGAGGAAGAAGAGCAGGUUAUAA